AUGGCUUGUUCUGAUGGUGGGGCUGAGCACCAAUGGAUACAGAAUGUCCAGUCAGGAGGCGCAGUUCCUUGUCUACCGCCCGAAAACUGUCCUAGUGGUUGGGCCACUCCUCCCGGCCACACUUUUAUGGUCACGGGCCCAGAAUAUUUUGCAACCAAGGCAAAAAUACCUGGUGGGGAGUAUCUUCUGAAGCCUCUUGUAGUUGAUUGGAUCAAAGGCCCAGUAAAAAUUUGCGAGGUCCUGAAAAAGAGGAACCAUCGUGUGAGGAAAGCCAUCGAUGAGCAGGUUUCUCAUGGCAAUAAACCUUUUGUCUGGGCUUUCAACUUGCAACUACCCAGCAAGGAGAACUACAGUGCGAUAUUUUACUUUGUCUCACUGGAACCUGCACCCGAGGGCUCGCUGAUGGAUCAAUUCCUUAAAGGGGACGAUGCUCUCCGUAAAUCCAGGCUUAAACUGAUAGCAAACAUAGUUAAGGGGCCUUGGAUUGUCCGAAAAGCUGUGGGUGAACAAGCCAUCUGCAUACUUGGCAGAGCACUUUCGUGCAAGUAUGUCGAGGGAUCAAACUUCAACGAAGUUGAUGUGGAUAUUGGGUCUUCCAUAGUUGCAAAUGCAAUUGUUCAUCUGGCAUUUGGUUACGUGGCGACACUGACUAUAGAUUUAGCAUUUGUUAUUGAGAGUCAAGCUGAAUCGGAGCUCCCCGAGAGACUUCUUGGAGCUAUAAGGUUCUCUGAGUUGAGUCCGGGAUCAGCUGGUGUGUACGAAGUGCCAUCUGAAGAGCAGCAGGAAAUUGCUCCAAUUCUGCCUUCAAGAUUAUGGCGGAGUUUUUCCCAACUGCUACAGAACCCAGGCAGCUCAAUGCAGCCGUCGCCUAGCUCAGAAAACACUAACAGAAACUUUCACAAAGAAGAUGCUGGUAACAACGAUAAUUGAUAUCCCUGAAUCCCAUACUAGAGGAGAUGUAUACACCUCCCAUCAAAAGGAUGCCUUCAUUGGUUGAGGAUAAUAUGCCAGUUCAGGCGAUGUGUAAAAGUUGAAUUUGUUUUUAUGACGAUGGGCGACGGCCUCAGGUAGUUGUGGAUUAUCAUAGU